ACUUGAGCCAUAUGGUAUGGAAUAACAAGGAAUGUGAAAGAAAAUGAAUUGCAAGCAGGAAAUUAUGGAACGUUAUAUCUCAACAAGUAAAGCCAUGAUGAAAUAAAAAAUUGAAUAGUAGAACAGAAACUAAGCAUAAGACAUUCAAACGUAUAUGUAUAUGUAUCUGAAAAAAGCUUGCAUCUAGUGACAGUAAGAAGAAUGUGUGACGAAGGAAAUUGCAGAUAUUUCAACCGUCAAAAACAGUGCCAAUACUUAAUCACUCACAUCAAUCAGAUCAAAUGCUCAUAGGUCUGACAUUGAAAAUAUGCGCUCACGUUCGCAAGUGCUGAACUCUGUAUAUACCCAGUAUAUGUAUAUACAACAUUACAGUAUAAUGCUCCCGUUUAUGGUUUUAUUGACAGUCAGCUGCCGUUAAACUAUCUAAAAGGGAUAUACGAGUGCUUGCGUAUUUAUUGCGGACUCAUUAAUCAUGCACCCGUAGCACAUUUUGCUUUGUCAGCAUUGGUUAACAAAUUGUUUAUAAUCAACUGAACAUAAUAAAUAUCGUAAAGACAGGAAGAAUUUCCCAACGCUUUGUAGAAUAAACACGAAUUUAAUACAUCAAAACGUAUAUACUCGUACAUAUGCAGCAUGGGGGCGAAUUCGUCGAGCAGAUCGGAUGCAAGUCUGCUCAGCGAUGAAGAUGUGAAUUUUGAUCAUUUUCAAAUAUUGCGGGCGAUUGGCAAGGGAAGUUUUGGCAAGGUGUGCAUUGUACAGAAACGUGAUAGCGGCAUACUCUAUGCCAUGAAAUAUGUCAGUCGUUCAGCGUGCGAAUCGCGUGGAGCGCUCGGUGGCGUCAUCAAAGAAGUUGAGUUGCUUGCAUCGCUGGAACAUCCAUUUCUGGUGAAUUUGUGGUUUUCAUUUCAAGAUGAGGAGGAUUUAUUUAUGGUUUGUGAUUUGCUGACUGGUGGUGAUUUAAGGUAUCAUCUACAAAAUCGGGUGGAAUUCAGCGAAAAAAGUGUUGCCUUAUUAGUGUGUGAGUUGGGAAGUGCUUUAGAAUACUUGCAGAAGCAAAGGGUAGUGCAUAGGGAUAUCAAGCCAGACAACAUUCUUUUGGAUGGUGCUGGUCACGGACAUUUGACUGAUUUUAACAUAGCGACGAGACUGCAAAAGGAUGGACUUGCGUGCAGCAUGUCUGGGACCAAACCAUAUAUGGCGCCAGAGGUGUUUAUGUGUGCAUUAGAGGAAAUAGCGGGUUACAGUUAUCCGGUCGACUGGUGGUCCCUCGGCAUAGUUGCAUACGAAAUGCGUGCCAAUGCGCGACCUUUCAUCGUACAUUCCAAUACGGGAUUGGCGGAGGUAAAGCAUAUUUUAAACGCACCGGUGCAUUAUCCCCGUUAUUGGAGUCAUGAUUUCAUCGAUUUGCUGACAAAACUGCUCUGCGUGCAUCCGGGCGCACGUAUUAGCUCUCAACAGGAGAUACAACAAACACCGUUGUUACGACACAUGGACUUCAAAAGUAUACUAGAGAAAAAAACGAAACCAACAUUCAAGCCACCUGAGGAUCACCUCAACUGCGAUCCCUGCUUAGAGCUGGAGGAAAUGAUUGUCGAAACGAGACCGCUGCACAAGAAAAAGAAACGUUUAGCCAAACAGCGAUCAGCACAACGCGACAGCGAUCCUGAAACGGUACUCAUCAAAGAGUUCAUCGUCUACAAUAGAUACAAGGAGCUGAAACGAAAGGCAAUGGAGAAGAAAGAAAACGAUUGGCAACGCGAACUCGAACAUGCUAUGGCCAAUUCGAUUGUGACUAGUUUGGCGCCAAUCCAAGAGAAGCCGUCAAUGCAUUUCAGUGGCGAUAGCGAUAAUGACGACAGUGUCGGCGGGAAUAAGUCGACGAACAAUGGAAAUGUUACCACAGUACAAACUGAAAUUGUGAAUUCAAAUUCAUCUGUGUCCACAACUACAACAACAAAUACAUUAAGUAUUAACACGCUUACGACUACAACAAUUACGGGGGGCGCUACAGCGCUGCCGCCAAUUUGUACAAAAUGCCAACAUCAUAGCCCGCUAAUGGAAUUAGCAACGUCGCAACAAACCAAAAUACAACUCUCAUCGGGCACAAAGGAUAGCGAAAACAUAGAAUUUAUCGAUCGUACACCGUCACCAUCGACAACAAACGCCAUCACGGUGAGAACGCCAGUGGUGACAAGGAAAACUCACGCAACAACAAAAGCGAAUAUAGUGUAGAGGAACUGUUGUUGGCGAAUUAACUAGGGAAUACUCGAAUUAAAUGUAAAAGCACACAUAAAUAUUGUAGGAAGACGAGUAUGUAUAUGUAAGUAAUUAAGUUCAACGAAUGAAGUAAUUGAACACUUAAUUGGAACUGAAACUAUUACUACUAUUAAGGGAAACUUUUUAUGCGGAAUGGAAGCCACUUACAUUCAUUUUACUAAUGUUCAUGUGUAUUGACCUUCAAUUCAUGUGCAUAUUAAGCUCCACUUAGGAUGAUUUUUAAAUUGAGUAUAGUUUACAUUGAACACAAAAAGCUCGAGGAAAACCACAAUAAUGACUCAAACGUCUUCAUUAUGGAUCUGUCUGUCAACGAGGUUCUGAUUCGGAAAGCGAAAUUGAGCGUUCUGGUGAAAAAUGGUGAUAUCAGCAGAGUCAAACCUGUCAUCUCUCUUAAAUAUCAUUCAUUCGCCUGGCGACGGAAGAAAUCGCCGAAAUGAACAUCAAUACUUCUUGUUCAAAAUACUCAGUGAAGUGAAAGAGAUUGAGAGUAAAAUCCGAUUAAAAGUGAAUAGCUUCCGCUUUCAAAAGGCAUAGAAGAUCAGUGAGGCAGAGAAAAACAUCUGAUUAAAAACUUCUUGGAAAUUUGAUAACACAGAAUGAUUUUAAUACUCGUAGUGGGAAAAAUAAAUACCAGCAAAUUAAGUCAACAAAUUGUAAGUAUUUGAGGAAGUACAUAUGUAUGUAUGGGAAUACUCUGAAAAGAAAACACAAAUAUAAAUAAUUGUAAAUAAAAAAUUAUCAGCUAUUCUUGAUGUGUAAAUUACAGAGAGUGUAAUGUUGACAUUUGUUUGAAAAUACGCUGCUGACUGCCGUGGAGAGCUGUUGUACUUGCUACAUACAUACAUAUAUCGAACAGAUGUAAUCAAAAUAUAAAAUAAAUUUUAUUAAAUAGACGUUUACUCUUCGGAUGUUACUGUGCCGGGGUGUAAAACUACAUUUUUGUACAAGAGUACUCAAAGAACCCCUAUAGAAGAACAGAACCAAAUACAAUGUAUUUUAUAGUUUCAUAUGCUUUGUCAUUAAAAAUGUUAAAAAAAAACUAAUUUUGAGUUACAAAAUUGUUCAAAAACAUAAAAUAAGUGAUCGACGAAAUCUUAAUUUUUAUUUUAAUAAUCAAAAAAAAAAAACUUAAUUGUCACUAAAUUAAUCCCAUAUGUUCGGAUGUUUGAGCCAAACGAAAGCGCUCAUGGAAAAAAACCCUUUUGAUAUUAUUCGUUUACACACGACUUGGAAAUUGUUAAAUUUUUAGUAGUAUAUAAAAAUAAAGCAAUUAAAACGCAGCUUUAAGAUUUCAUUAUUAAAAAAAAUAAUAAUUUAAACAACAAAAGAGGAAUAUUUUAAUGAGCACGACAAAACAAAAUGAUAAUGAAUUAAAUAUAAACUAUUUUUGUAAAUUAAAAAAUCAUAACUGAACAUUUGAGGGAUUCGUUCUUAAUGGACAUUCAAUUAUAAAUAAUAGUAUAUUAAUUAGCAAGAAAUAAAGUGCUAAAAUCAUUUUCAAAAUAAUUCUCAGCAUUUGUAAAUUUUUAAGGAUUCGAAAGCAUUUAGCAUACAUACAUACAUAUAUUUAUGAGUAUUUAAAUAUUUACGUUAAGUAACUUUCAUGGUGAUUCGAAAAUCAAUUAACCUGUAGACAAACUAAAACCAAAGAAUGUAAUUUUAAGCCCACCACUAAUAUAAUUAUAGCUAUUUUUUCGAUAUGGGAUCAGAUAGUUUAAGAAAACUAAUAAAUAAUAACGAAAUAUGAAGAACAUAUAAUAAAAUUAAAUAUUCAAUGUCAAUAAAAAUUAAAA